AUGCCGUCUCCAAUCCUGACUGCGACGCUUCAGGCGGCAGCCCUAUCAACAGCGUCCAACCUCUGUGCUCAGUUCAUUGAGACAUACUGGAACGAGACCGCCUUUCAUCUGGACCACAUCCAACUCUUCCGCUUCAUAGUCCUCUCUCUCAUCACCGCUCCGCCAAACUACCUUUGGCAGCAGUUUCUCGAAAAGUCCUUCCCAGCAUACCCUCCCAUACAAAAAUUACGAGAUGGAGGUAAGGAUAUUGAACUCAAAGCGAUGGAAGAAGCAGCAGCUGGGGCUUCCAUUGGCGGGGGAUCUCAAUCACAGUCUGAAGCAGCGACUCAUCCCAAGUUCAGCAUCCGAAACACUCUGACCAAAUGGUUCAUUGAUUGCAUCACUGCUGGGGCAAUCAUGAAUACUGUUGCGUUCUUGGUCAUCAUGGGGGUAUUAAAGGGUCAACCAAUGGCUCAGAUAUCUUCUAAUAUUAAAGCCGAAACAAUACCUAUAAUUAUAGCAGGAUACAAGAUUUGGCCAAUCGCAUCGAUUGUCAGUUUCAGCUUCGUCCCUGUUCACCGUCGCAUCGUGUUUCUGAGUUUCAUUGGUCUUCUGUGGGGCAUUUACUUGAGUCUGGUCGCAGCAAGGGUUUAG